GAACCCUUCUAAAACCCUACAUUUGCCCCCCAAUCAGGGGUCAUUUCCAACAAUGUCUAAACUUUCGAAGCUUAACGUCUCAAGUCCCAAGCUUUGGGCGGUGGUCGGAGUUGGUGUCGCCGGGAUCGUGAUUCUAGCGGAGGUACGCCGGCGGCGGCUAGGUGCCAGAAACUCUGCUGGAAAAGAUUGUGGUGCAUUCAUCGAACGUUUUGAGCUAGUUCCUUUUCCUCAACCAUCUCCUCCCGCUGCUAGACUCAUCCUCACCGGCCUCACAUUUGCCAUCAAUGACAAUAUUCAUGUGAAGGGGUACGUGACGGGGUUUGGUAGUCCAGAAUGGAAACGGACGCAUGAAGCAGCUGCUGAGACGGCAGUGGCCGUCUCUGCUCUACUAAAGAGUGGAGCUACUUGUGUUGGCAAGACGAUUAUGGAUGAACUUGGCCUCGGAGUCACUGGAAAGAAUGUGCACUAUGGAACUCCAACCAAUCACAAGUUCCCAUUAUAUAUUCCGGGAGGCUCAUCUAGCGGUUCAGCGGUUGCCGUUGCAUCAAAUAUUGUUGACUUUGCUCUUGCCACUGAUACCACCGGGUGCAUUAGAGUGCCGUCAUCUUUUUGUGGCAUCCUUGGAUUCAGAUCAUCUCACGGAGUCGUGCCAACUGUUGGCAUUCUUGCGAUUUCUCAAAGUUUAGAUGCCAUAGGUUGGUUUGCCCGUGACCCAUCUGUUUUAUGUAAAAUUGGACGCAUUUUACUUCAGUCUUCCUCUACUCCACCUAAAAGGACGAGGCGGAUCAUAAUAGCUGAUGAUCUUUUUCAACUGUCUAAGGUUCCUAAGCUGAAGACUGUACAUGUCGUAAGAAGAGUUACAGAAAAAUUAUCUGGCUUCCAGGCCUCAACAGAUAUAAAUUUUGGAAAGUAUAUUGCCUCAAAUGUCCCCAGCUUGAAAGCUUUUCAAGAAAAACCUGUAAAUACAAACCAUGGAAAUUCAAUUUCAAGAGCUUUAUCUUCUGUGAUGUGUCUUUUGCUGAGCUAUGAGUUCAGGUCAAAUUACGAAGAAUGGAUGUGUGAAGUUAAACUCAAGUUAGAUUCUGAUGUGUCUGACCGUAUCACUGCAGCAAUUUCCUUAACCCCCGAAGAAAUCAAGCUUCUAUAUAAAGUCAGGAAAGAAAUGCGUGCUGCUGUAAAUAGUCUCUUGAAGGAUGAUGGGAUAUUAGUAAUCCCUACGACGGCAGAUCCUCCGUCUAAACUACCUUUAAAGACAGGUUUAUCUAAGGAAGCUCGUGAUAGGGCCUUUUCUUUAUUGAGCAUUGCCAGCAUUUCGGGCUGCUGUGAGGCCGCCGUUCCAUUUGGAGAACAUGAUAAUCUUCCAGUUUCUGUGUCUUUCAUUGCAUCACAUGGAAAUGAUAACUUUAUGCUUCAUACUUUAAUGGAUAUGCAUUCUUCUCUUGAUGAAGAAGUAACCACGGCGUCUAAUGCAUCUAUUUUACCAGAAACCAUUCAUAGCCUGGAUGAAUCUGAACUUUUGAAAGAAAAGGGAAAUGCUGCUUACAAGGGAAGGCUGUGGAAUAAAGCUGUGAGCUACUAUACUGAAGCAAUCAAAUUAAAUGAGACAAAUGCAACUUAUUAUAGCAACAGGGCAGCUGCUUAUUUGGAAUUGGGAUGCUUUCGACAAGCUGAAGAGGAUUGUGAUAAAGCAAUUUCUCUUGAUAUGAAGAAUGUAAAGGCGUAUCUGAGACGAGGGACAGCUAAGGAGUCCCUUCUUUUGUAUAAAGAGGCUCUUCAAGAUUUUAGGCAUGCACAUGUUCUGGAACCACAAAAUAAGAUUGCCAAGCUGGCUGAAAAGCGACUGAGGAAGCUGAUGAGUUACUGAUGCUUUCUGUUGUUAAUUGUAAUGUUAAAGACUAUAUAUGAUUUACAUGAGAAACCAAGAAAGUGAAGGGAACACUUCUUUUUACAUACAUGAAAGUUCUGUGCGGUGAAAGCGGUCGUGAAGAGCUCAGACGUAGAAUGUUGCAUUAAAUUCUCUUUUUCAUGUCUCGGCUGUGUGUACAUUUGAUGUAAUGAAUGACUAUAUACGACAAGGGCCAGUUUCAUCUGCAUUUUCAUUUUAAGAUAAUCCAUUGUACAAAAAGUUUUGUUUUUCUAUAUGUGAGUAUGUGACACAUACUAUGAAACUAUAAAGCAAGCUUGGGGAGUGUUUGAAUUUUUAUUCUGUAAACUGCUAUAGCUCUUUCGGACAAUUUUUAGUGUUUGAUCAUGGAGUGCAUAAAUAUGCAUGUGAUAUUGUGAUUAAUAAUUAUUGUAAAUGUGAAUAAUUG